AUGGAGGCGGCGGCGCUGGCGCGGGAGGGCGGCGGCCAGGGCCCCCCGCCCCACGAGCCCAUCAGCUUCGGCAUCGACCAGAUCCUCGGCGGCCCCGAGCCCGCGGGCGGCGGCGCGGGUCCGGCCCGGGCGGCGGGGGAGCCCGACUACGGGCUCUACGGCGGCGGCUACGGCCCCGCCUGCUCGCUCGGCUCCUACAACCUCAACAUGAGCAUGAACGUGAGCGUCAACGUGACCCCCGCGCCUGCCGCGCCGCCCGCCGGGGUCAUCCGCGUCCCGGCGCACCGGCCCGCGCCCGCCGCGCCGCCCGCCGCGCCGCCGCCGGUGCCCGGGCUCUCGGGACUCACCUUCCCCUGGAUGGAGACGACGCGCCGCAUCGCCAAGGACCGGCUCUCAGCCGCGCUGUCGCCCUUCGCGGCGACCCGGCGGAUCGGACACCCCUACCAGAACCGCACGCCGCCCAAGCGGAAGAAGCCACGCACCUCCUUCAGCCGGGUGCAGAUCUGCGAGCUGGAGAAGCGCUUCCACCGGCAGAAGUACCUGGCUUCGGCCGAGCGCGCCACGCUGGCCAAGGCCCUCAAGAUGACGGACGCCCAGGUCAAGACCUGGUUCCAGAACCGCCGCACCAAGUGGAGGAGGCAGACGGCGGAGGAGCGCGAGGCGGAGCGCCAGCAGGCCAACCGCCUGAUGCUGCACCUGCAGCAAGAGGCCUUCCAGAAGAGCCUGAGCCAGCCGCUGCCCCAGGACCCGCUCUGCAUGCACAACUCCUCCCUCUACGCCCUGCAGAACCUGCAGCCCUGGGCUGAGGACAACAAGGUGACGUCCGUCUCAGGGGUGGCCUCCGUGGUGUGACCUCCCAUGGACGUGCCGGGAGGUGGCGGUGGGUGGCAGGAGCCCGGCGGGGUCUGAGCCCAGCACCUCCGGCCCGUGGCAGGGAGGGGGCUGCCGCUUCCCGGGAGCGCCACCCCCUCGGCAGCCCCCUCCCUCCCCGCUGCGGGCCGGCCCCCCCCCAGGCCCCCUCGCUGGCCCCCCCAGGCCCACAGCUGCUCCGCAGCUCCAGGUGGGCGGACGUGCCCCUGCGGUUGGACUCGAAAGCUCUGCCAACGCCUGCCUGGACCCCUGCCUGGAGCACCGCUGCAGGCAGCCCCUUGCCUGGACCCCCCGGGGAGCCCAGGGCUGGGCCCCCGCACCCCGUGAGCCUCUGCAAGUCCAGCCCCCCCCUCCCCAGAGCCCCCCGCUCCAGGGGCAGCUCCGCGGGUGGUCCCCGCUCAGGACCUGCUGCCCACCCAUCAGCGGCUCUCCCGGCCGGGCCAGACCCCGCUCCCCCCAGGGCAGCCGCAGCCCCCGUCGCACCCAGGGCAGGCCGAGCGGGGUGCAGGGUGGACCCCCUCCAUUCCCGGUGCUAGGAGCCCUCUUCGCCCUCGCUGGUGGCCGCCGUGGGGUCUGCACCACCUGCACACACUUGCCUUACCCUGGUUGGAGUUUGCCGGCUCUGACUUCCAGCUGCCGUCCCCGGGCUGGACGAGGAACCUGUCCCCGUGGCCCCCGGCCCCCCCAGCGGUGGGACAGACUGACGGACAGGGCUCGUCUGCCCUGCGGGCUGGGCUCCCCCGUGCUCUUGGCUCCCGCCGGUUUGCCGGCUCCCUGCGGCCCUGGGGCUGGACAUGCCCCCACAGCACCCCACGAUGGACUUGGGGUGCCCC